AUGGCCCUGGGGGCCCCCGCACUGCUGCUGCUGCUGCUCCUACUACUGCCGCUCCGCGCCGCCGGCUGCCCAGGAGCCUGCCGCUGCUACAGCGCCACGGUAGAGUGUGGCGCCCUGCGGUUGCGCGUCGUCCCGCUGGGAAUCCCGCCAGGGACGCAGGUGGGCACCGUGUGGAGCUGCGGGAGGACGGGGUGCCCCCAGGGAGAGGAAGACCCCCGCAGCGGGGUAAGCGCCUCCUCUUUCCCCGGCCUGCAGACACUGUUCCUGCAGGACAACAACAUCGCGCGCCUAGAGCCAGGAGCCCUGGCGCCACUCGCCGCUCUGCACCGACUCUACCUGCACAACAACAGCCUGCGCGCCCUGGAGGCCGGCGCUUUCCGCGCGCAGCCGCGCCUGCUGGAGCUGGCGCUCACCAGCAACCGGCUGCGCAGCUUGCGCAGCGGCGCCUUCGCAGGCCUGGCCCAGCUGCGCGUGCUCUACCUGGCGGGCAACCAGCUGGCGCGGCUGCUGGAUUUCACCUUCUUGCACCUGCCGCGACUGCAGGAGCUUCACCUGCAAGAAAACAGCAUUGAGCUGCUGGAGGACCAGGCUCUAGCGGGGCUGUCCUCCCUAGCACUGCUGGACCUCAGCAGGAACCAGCUGGGCACCAUCAGCCGAGAGGCCCUGCAGCCCCUGGCCAGUCUGCAAGUCCUGCGCCUCACAGAGAACCCAUGGCGCUGUGACUGCGCCCUGCACUGGCUGGGUGCCUGGAUCAAGGAGGGCGGCCAGCGGCUGCUCACCUCCAGGGACAGGAAGAUCAUGUGUGCAGAGCCCCCGCGCCUAGCGCUCCAGAGUCUGCUGGACGUAUCCCACAGCAGCCUCAUCUGCAUUCCGCCCUCUGUCCACGUGCAGCCGCUGGAGCUCACAGCCAACCUGGGUGAGGACCUGCGGGUUGCCUGCCAAGCCUCCGGCUACCCGCAGCCAUUGGUGACCUGGAGAAAGGUGCCCCAGCCUCGCGAGGGCCGGCCGCGAGCCCAGGCCCAGCUAGAAGGCGGGGCGCUGGGCCUGGGCGGACACUCGGCAUCCGACACGGGCAGCGGCAUGCUCUUCCUCAGCAACAUCACGCUGGCGCACGCCGGCAAGUACGAGUGCGAGGCCUCCAACGCCGGCGGCGCUGCCCGCGUGCCCUUCCGGCUCCUGGUCAACGCGUCCCUGCAGCAGCCGCAGCAGCCCGCGCAACCGCCGCCUCCGGCCGCCCGCCCCGCCGGCCGCGAGCCCCGGCCCGAGGUGGGCAGCAUGGCCUUCCGCGCCCUGGGCCUGGCAACGCAGACGGCCAUUGCGGCGGCCAUCGCGCUGCUGGCGCUCACGGCGCUGCUCCUGGUCGCCAUGAUCUGUCGCCGGCGCCGCAGGCGAAAAAAGGCGCGGGGGCCCCCGGGGGAGGGCGCACUGUUCGUCAACGACUACUCGGACGGCCCCUGUACGUUCGCACAGCUAGAGGAGCUCCGCGACGAGCGCGGCCACGAGAUGUUCGUCAUCAACCGCUCCAAGCCGCUCUUCGCCGAAGGUCCGGCGGAGGCGCCUGCGGACUGCGGGCCGGCAGAGGGGGCGGGGCCGGGGCUCGGGCUCCGCGUGCCCCCGCCGGUCGCCUACGAGAUCCACUGCUAGGGCCGCGGGCGCGCGGAUGACGUAGGCGCCGGAGAUUGGCCGGUGCGGCCUCGCGCAUGCUCCAUCAGUAAAAGUGGAAGCCGCGCA